AUGGACACUAGAAAACUACUACCCCUUUUGAGAGCUUGUAAGAAUUCCAAGUCACUGAAGGAAGGCAGACUCAUUCAUCAGAAAGUGGUAACAUUGGGCUUGCAAAAUGAUAUUUACUUAUGCAAGAACCUAAUUAACCUAUAUCUCUCGUGUCAUUUGAAUGAUCAUGCAAAGUGUGUUUUUGAUACCAUGGAAAACCCAUGCGAGAUAUCCUUGUGGAAUGGCUUGAUUACAGGCUACACAAAGAAUUACAUGUAUGUGGAAGCCCUAGAGCUUUUUGAGAAGUUGUUACAUUACCCUUACCUGAAACCUGAUAGUUACACUUAUCCUAGUGUUAUUAAGGCUUGUGGGGGGCUGUGUAGAUUUGUGUUGGGAAAAAUGAUCCAUACACGUUUGAUAAAAACUGGUUUAAUGAUGGACAUUGUUGUUGGAAGCUCUCUUGUGGGUAUGUAUGCAAAAUGCAAUGCAUUUGAGAAAGCCAUACGGCUGUGGAAUGAAAUGCCUGAGAAGGAUGUGGCAUGCUGGAAUACAGUAAUUUCUUGUUCUUACCAAAGUGGAAACUUCAAAGAGGCCCUACAAUAUUUUGGGAUGAUGAGAAAAUUUGGAUUUGAGCCUGAUUCAGUUACACUCACAACUGCUAUUUCCUCUUGCGCUAGACUUUUGGAUUUGAACAGGGGAAUGGAAAUUCAUAUAGAGUUGAUCAAUAGUGGAUCUUUGAUGGACAGUUUCAUUAACUCUGCUCUUGUUGACAUGUAUGGAAAAUGUGGUCAACUAGAACAGGCUAUUGAGGUUUUUGAGCAGAUGCCUAAGAAGACUGCUGUUGCUUGGAAUUCCAUGAUCAGUGGAUAUGGUUUGAAAGGUGACAGCAUAUCAUGCAUUCAACUUCUAAAGAGGAUGUGCGAUGAAGGAGUCAAGCCAACUUUGACUACUUUAAGUAGUUUAAUAGUGGUUUGUUCACGUUCAGCUCGACUACUAGAAGGAAAGUUUAUACAUGGAUAUAUAAUACGAAACAGAAUACAGCCAGAUGUUUUUAUUAGUAGUUCACUCAUGGAUCUAUACUUCAAAUGUGGAAGGGGAGGAUUAGCAGAAAACAUCUUUAAACUAAUACCAAAAUCUAAGGUAGUUUCUUGGAAUGUCAUGAUUUCUGGAUAUGUGGCUGAAGGGAAACAUUUUGAAGCCCUUGGCCUCUUUAGUGAACUGAGAAAAUCUUAUGUUGAACCAGAUGCUAUUACUUUUACCAGUGUUUUAGCAGCUUGUUCUCAACUAGCAGCACUAGAGAAAGGAAAAGAGAUUCAUAAUCUGAUUAUGGAGAAAAAGUUGGACAACAAUGAAGUGGUUAUGGGAGCUCUCCUGGAUAUGUAUGCAAAGUGCGGUGCUGUAGAUGAAGCAUUUGGUGUUUUCAAAUGUUUGCCAGAAAGAGAUCUGGUGUCCUGGACUUCAAUGAUUACUGCUUGUGGCUCCCAUGGUCAGGCCUAUGAAGCUUUGGAGCUUUUUACUGAAAUGCUACAGUCCAAUAUAGAGCCUGAUAGGGUUUCUUUUCUUGGUAUAUUAUCUGCCUGUGGUCAUACUGGGUUAGUUGAUGAAGGAUGCUAUUACUUUAAUCAAAUGAUAAAUGUUUAUGGCAUUAAACCUAGAGUUGAACAUUAUUCAUGCUUGAUUGAUCUUCUUGGACGUGCUGGAAGAUUGCAUGAAGCAUAUGAGAUUCUGCAAAGAAACCCUGAAAUCAGGGAUGAUGUUGGGUUGUUAAGCACAUUAUUUUCUGCUUGCCGUUUACACAGAAAUAUGGAUUUGGGAGUUGAAAUUGCAAGAAUUCUCAUUGAUAAGGAUCCUGAUGAUUCAUCAACCUAUAUUCUCUUGUCAAAUAUGUAUGCUUCUGCACAUAAAUGGGAUGAGGUACGGAAGGUGAGAUCAAAGAUGAAGGAGCUUGGAUUAAAGAAAAAUCCAGGGUGUAGUUGGAUUGAGAUUAACCAAAAGAUCCUGCCAUUUUUUGUCGAAGACAAUUCCAACAUGCAUCUAGAAUUGGUUAAUAAAUGCCUUUCAUAUCUCACUGGUCACAUGGAUGAUGAGUCCAAACCAUUUAUAUAUCAUUUUGACGUUGAAACAUUGAGAUUUUGCUAG